AGGAAAGGGCUCCUCCCCACCCCCCAAGCCCGAAGCCAGCUGCUUCCUGCAGAAGUAAAAGCGAAAGCGAGGGUCACGCCAGAGGACGGUUAAAAAAUGGAGAGGGAGAAAAUCAAACGCGUCCUAGAUGAGUUGAGCGGGGAUGAAUUCAAGGAACUUAAGUACUACUUAGAAAUUGUUUCUACGGAGGAAGAGAGCGCUAGAAGCUCCCGCAAAAUCAGUAGAAGUGCGCUGGACAAAUCAAACAGCAGCUUCGGGCUUGCGGAUCUCCUGGUGCAGCAUUAUACAGAGCGAGCCGUGCCAGUGCUCGCGGUGGCGCUAGAGCGCGUGCCCCGCCUGGACCUCGUCGGCAAACUGAGGGAAAUGGGUGCAAAGCCUCGGGAACCAAGUGCACCCAAGCCAUCAAAAACACCUUGUAAAAGGGAAUGUGAGGAUGCUCCUGAAGAUGAACCACACCUGGAACGCUAUGAAAUGCGCAAUCGGCGUGUUGCCUUCAUGAUGUGCGUAACGAAAAACAGAGAUGGCUCCGAAGAGGAUAUUGGAAAAAUGAAAAAACUGUUUGAGAAAUGCAGGUUUAUUACCCCUUUACAAGACUGCAUAAAUCCUUCCAAAGAGAAAUUAAUGGACGAUCUAAAAGAGUUCCAGAAGUAUAUCAACACCUCGACUGAGGAGAUCAGCUGCUGCCUCAUUACCCUUAUGAGCCAUGGAAAACAAGGCAUUAUUUUGGACCCGGAUAAGAAAGAAAUAAUUCUGGAUGAAAUAUUUUUACUUUUCAACAAUAAAAACUGUCCUAAGCUCCAAGGAAAGCCUAAAAUAUUUAUAAUUCAAGCCUGCCAAGGAAAUGACAGAGACUAUGGAAUAGUAGAAGCAGAUGAUAAGAUUGAGAAAUUUCAGCAACAGCGGAAGCUGCCUACAGCCAGUGAUUAUUUUAUUGUAUAUUCCAGUCAAAAAGGAUUCGUGUCUUUACGUAACAGUAAUACAGGCUCAGUAAUGAUUACUGCUAUGGAUGAAGUCUUUUCAGCUCAUUGGCAGAACUGGCAUGUUGGGGAUCUUUUCACAAAGGUUAACGGCAUGAUGGUGAAACAAGAGUUUCGUUUGGCAAAUGACACGGAUACAGUGAAAGCCUGUUUAGUAACAGAAUCCACUCUUACCAAAGCUGUAUUUUUAAAAUAAAUUUCUAUAAUUAUAUAAGCUAACGUGGUUGGAUAAGGACAUCCAUUUAAUCUUUUAAAGUAGAUUUUAAAUUUAAUAGCUUCAUUAGAAUAGCUACUCAUUUAUAUUUCUUGCUUUCCACAAAUUGGAGAUCAGAUAAGGCAUUGAGAAAGAGAUUUUCUUAUUAAAGUCAACUUCAUAUUACAUAAAGCUAGAAGGGUUCAGGGCUAUAGUGAUCCAAAUAUGACUCCUAAAAUGGGGCUGAGGGAGUACAUACUAUGGAUUUAUCAUUCAUAAUGGACAGAUUCUUGUGAUUUACCUACUAAGUGGAUCUUUGAUACAAACCCAGGAUUAUCCAAAGUUUAGGCAAUUUUAAUUAAAUUUUGGCAGGUAUUGUAAGUUUCGGCAUUUCAUUCCAUAGGAAGGGCGGCUAUCUCUCUUUUCUUGAUUGACAUCUGUGGUUGAACUCAAAAAUCAGCGCUUUUUGUGGAAAAGAUUUUAUAUGAUCUGCAAUAAGCAAGUAGGCUGGACCUUUCUUAGUUUUUAGCUAUGAAGACUAAAUUUUAGUCACUAAGAGUAUAAUGUUAAAACUGAAACAAAUGAGAGCAUAUUUAUUGCUGGUGCAAU